UCACAAGUGACGCAAUGACGUCGACAGGAAGACUGGCGGAGUUCCCUUUUCAACUUCGCCCCAGUCAGUCUUAGUGGUGGUAAUGUUUGUACAGUUAGGUGAAAAUGCCUGUGCAGAGUGUGCUCGCCCGGGAUGCGUCCCCACAUUUCCGUUUACUGCAGCAGUAUCUGAUUCUUUUGAAGAAAUACCCUAUCCUCACAAAAUCUGUAACGAGUGGCAUCCUCUCAGCUUUAGGAAAUCUUCUGUCUCAGAUUUUGGAGGCAAGAAAAAACGCCAGAAAUGGGGGCCCAGUCACUGAGAUUGACACAGCUGGAGCUGCACGCUAUGCAAUUUAUGGGUUGUUUAUUACAGGACCAUUGAGCCAUUACUUCUACCAGCUGAUGGAGGUGUGGAUGCCCACCACAGACCACUACUGUAUAGUCAAACGUCUGCUACUUGAUCGACUUAUUUUUGCGCCCGCCUUCCUGCUCCUUUUCUACUUUGUCAUGAACAUCUUGGAGGCUAAAGGGAGGGAAGACUUUGUAAAGAAGAUGAGAAGAAGUUAUUGGACUGCUUUGAAGAUGAAUUGGAAAGUUUGGACUCCCUUCCAGUUCAUCAAUGUCAACUUUGUGCCUGUUCAGUUCCGGGUCCUGUUUGCCAAUAUGAUCGCCUUAUUCUGGUAUGCCUACCUUGCAUCUGUGAGGAAAUGAAACAUCCCAAGGUUUCUUAACAGAAAAACUGGAGGAGAGUGCUACUUUGGCAUGUUUGUGAAUGCCAGAGAACUGAGAUGAUACAACCAGGCUGGUUAAUGCUCUGCUGUGCACCUGUUCUUAAUCUGGACAAUAACUUACAGCCAAUUUAACUUGUAAUAAACCUGUAUCAUGAUUUUAAGCUAUUA